AUGCUCACUCACACGCUCUACGUUUCACGCGGAGGCGGGCGGGGAGCGCGGCAACCCCGCGGGCACAGCCAGAGCCGCCCCGGGGCCCAGUUAGCCGGGGGCGCGGCCGGGCGCGCAGAACCGGGCGAGGCUGCUCCCUGCGGCCGGGGGUGUGGGGCGACCCAGCGGCGCGGAGCGGAGCGGGCGCGGUGCCUCGGGGCGGAGAGGGUUAGGGUGCGGGGACCCCGGGCUCCUCGGCCCCGCCCGCCGCCUCGGCCGGAUCCCGCGCUGGGCGCUCUCGCGCGGCGCGUCCACGGUGGAGGCGUGGGGGCCGCGGGGCCGGACCUCGGGCCUCUCUCGGCCAAACUCUUCAGGACGCCGGCGGCCCCCGCGGGCCCCUCCUCCGGCCGCUCGGGAGCUGCUGGCGCCGCAGGCUGCGUCUCCGGGGCUGGCACCCCGCUGGGCGCCGCCGCCACCCCGGCCCCGCUCCGCGCCCUGGCUCCGGACCCCAACUCCUACCCCGGGGGCUCCGCCGCAGGAGCAGUGCGGACCGCCUCGUGGCCCAGCAGCCCGGGAGCGGCCGAAGCCCGGCCCCAGCUCCCUACGCCGCUGGCCCCGGCCCGCCUGGUGGUCCCCGCGCGGCCCCCACGGAACCCGCGCCCGCCUGGCCCGGGGGAGCGAGAGCCGGACGCCUGCGUGCCCCCCGGGGCUGGCCCCGGAACGCUGCUGCCCACCCUGCCCGACGUCGGCGAGGACGCGCCCUCGGGUGGCGACUCCGCGGGUGGCGAAGCAAGAGGACUGUCAGAAGGAUGUAGAAGGCCCAGUUUUUCUGUGAGAAGCAAAGAUCUUUUACCUACACAUUUUACAAGACAUGUGCAGCAAGCCAUUGAUAAAUAUACCUGCGAGUCCCCGCCAUCGUUUUCCUCCAGCGGAAGCUCCACACCCACGGGAGGCCACACCUCUUGGUCUGGAUCAGCCACGCAGAGCUCCACCACCGGCUCAUCCACGGAGAGGGGCUCCCUUUAUUCCUGGAGAGAUGACGAAUUUGAUGAAGCCAGCGCACAGACCGUGCAGCGGUUACUCUGGGAGGUGGAGGAAAUGCUGUUUGAAGGGAAAGUGAACCCUCAGACCCAGAGUCUGCUGGCCGAAUGCAGGGAGUGGACAAGAAGAUCCCUCCAUUUGAGAGUAUUAGGAAGACAACUGAUCCUGCCCACUGAUGAGGGCGUCCAGCAUUUCCAGGGCAGCGCUCCCGGCUCCGCGGUCCACAGACCCCCACUCAGUGCCUGCAGACACAGCAGCAACAUCAGAGAGUUGUGCAUCUCUGGCUCUCAGUUAGUCCCAGCGGCGCCCUCAGCCUCUGCCCUGCCGGGCCCUCAUGGUACAGGGAUUGCUGACCUAGCAGUGCAUUCAUCGCUGGAAGAAGAGGUCUACCUUGUGGAUGGAAAGAUCGAAGAGUAUUUUGCUUUUGACAGAAAAGAGAGUGAUGACAACGGUCUUGAACAAAAACCAGCUCAGCUCGGUAGGAAAUGGCGCAAACUCGGACUUCCUCCUGUUUCGCCUCGUGACUGCGUCAAAGAUGCCGUGACAGCAGAAGUGUUUGAUCACGUCUGGACAAAUGUGGUAGAACUUGCGCAAGAGCUGAUUAGAAAACACUGGGAAACUACACUCACAGCAGGGGAAAAGCAGAGAGAAAAACUGAAAGUCAUUGGAAACAGAUUUCCACAUGCCCUCGCUCCACGUGCUCGGGCUGAUGGAGCCAGUGGCCCCAGGUCUGGAAGCUCUGCGGCUCGCUGUGUCUCCCUGGCUUCUCAUCUGAACCCGCGCCAGGUUCAUCGCUUCUCCAACAAUUGUUAUAGUGACAUGAAUGGUGUCAUGAGAAUUGAAGCAAAACCACUUCAGCACAGACCUGCCUGUUUUCCCGACAGAACGCAGAAUGAACAGGCGGACAGAGCGUCAGGUGGAGGGGCCGGUGCGCUCUCCUCCCCACGGCACAGACUGGGACGGGCCUCAGACACUCACCGAUUACUGACUUCUGCAAAGAAAACACCAGUGCCAUGGAGACUGCCUUCCCUUGUUCCAGAUUCACAGAGACUGAAAACCCCCAAUGUCUAUAGUGACGAAGUUCUUCGGGGAACAAAACUGACGCACUUCUCCCUACGUAGGAGUUUCAGCAGAGCUUUGGAUCUCAGGGACUCCCAUCCCACCGUGGCGUCAUUAGAAAGGUUGACUGGCGUAGACCACAUGGCUUCCCUGCUGGUUCAGACCUCACGGAGCAGGUUCCCGCCGAUAGGCACAGAGACCAGGGAGCAGAACACAGCAGUUCCUGGAUCCCACCUUGCUUCUUACAGAGGGAAGCAAAACUGUGUGCGGAGUGCCAUGCCUGAUGGUUUAGAACGGUCACCUCUUCCAGAAAGAACGGCCACCGUGGAACAGCUGUCAAGGCCCAGCACAACCCAUGCGUUCCGGUUGGAUGCGCCUGGAAAAAGUUCAUUGACCCAAAUGGAAUUUGCUGCCCACACAUGGACGGGUCAAAGUAUUUUAACAGGUUCACAGUAUGUGCCUAGGUCGUUUCAGAGGACAACUCUGACCUUAAGGAAGAGAUUCCAAGUGAUAUCUUGAAACCGUUUCACCAGAACCGUCGGAGCACCGGUGGCUCCGCACAGCACUCUUCACUUCAAAGAUGGAAGAACAAGGGUUAUACUUAUCUGUGCGUGUGACCGUGUGGGAUGUUAGAGGAAGAGAAAUGCAAACAAAGAAGUCCCUGGUAAAGAGGGAGAAAGUCAAACUCAUCAAGCUGUUUUACUGGAAGCAUCUCCAAGGCUCCGUAGGCUUCGCUCAGAAGACCUUUAUGUGUUUACCAUCCGUCACUUUAUCAAUGACACACAAACAUAAGCAGGGCGUGCAUGCACUCACACACUAACUAUGUAUAAGACUAUGGUAUCUAGGAAUAUGCCAUUUGCAA